AAUGACAAACGAAGAGACGAGAAAACACUGGAUUGACUCUUCGCCCACUCACACUCUAUCAUCUGAUCCAAUCCUAUGCAGGCAGCUCUCGCAGUCAUGGCCGCACACUCUGUUCUCGCCGCCGUCGCUGCCGGCCACCAACCUCUCCUCUUCCCCACCAUUUCGUCUACCUCUUCGCCGUCGGUCCAUUUCCAUUCCUCCUUUCAUGGCGUCGCUCUUAAGGCCAAGGUCCGCCCAUUUCUAUCUCUCUCCGCCGCCGCCGCCCCCAAGCCUCUCGCCGUAGUCUCCGCCGCCAAGAAGGCUGUUGCCGUCCUCAAAGGGACUGCCGGUGUCGAGGGCGUUGUUACUCUGACACAGGAUGGCGAUGGCCCAACCACUGUGAAUGUUCGAGUGACCGGGCUCGCUCCGGGCAAGCACGGUUUCCACUUGCACGAGUUUGGUGACACUACAAAUGGAUGCAUUUCAACAGGACCACAUUUUAAUCCGAAUGGUUUGACACACGGAGCUCCUGAAGAUGAAGUCCGUCAUGCGGGUGACCUGGGAAACAUAAUUGCCAAUGCUGAGGGUGUGGCUGAGGCAACAAUUGUGGACCCUCAGAUACCUUUGAGUGGUCCUAACGCAGUUGUUGGCAGAGCCUUUGUGGUUCAUGAACUUGAGGAUGAUCUUGGAAAGGGUGGUCAUGAACUCAGUCUUUCUACUGGCAAUGCUGGAGGGCGUUUGGCUUGUGGUGUUGUGGGUUUGACUCCCCUCUAAGCUACCUGUCACCUUCGCUUCAAAAAGUUAACCCCGUUGUGCACUCUGUAUCUUUCUGUGGUUCAUAUAGAGGCUCGUGGUGGCAGUGGUUCUACAUUGGAAUAUUAGAUAAGUGACAUCUAUCAUUCUCUAUGAAUAAUUUUCGUAUGCACGAGUGGUUUGCCGGAUAGAUAUAACCCUUAUCAUGUAAACUUCCCUUUGCUUCUUAAAGAUUCUUCCAUUGUUACUGCUAGAAUUCAUUUGGAUUGAAAUAAAAUUUGGAUUAAAUAGUUAAA